AUGAGAUCAUGGCAGGAUGAUAGUGUUAAGAGUGUUCGUAAGCCAGGUGGUUUUGAUGGCAAACGUUUCAUUGUAUUGCAUGCCGGACACUGUGGAGGGUUUGUUAAAAAUGCUGGUUUAAUUUUUGCUUCAAAAUCUAAGAAAAUGGAUUAUCAUGGGGAAAUGAAUGCAGAAAUAGAAAACCAGCUCAUCCCAAAUUUAGAAGAACCUUCCCUUAUUGUAAUGGAUAAUGCUCCAUACCAUUCUGUUGAGUUAGAGAGACAGCCAUCAUCCUCAUGGAAGAAAUAUGAAAUUGUUGAGUGGUUGGAGAAAAGUAAUAUACCUUAUGAUAAAAAAAUGUUUAAACCUGAACUAUUAAGCAUAGCAAAAAUUCACAAAACAAAACAAUAUAAAACAGAUAAAUUAUUACAAGAAAAUGGUCAUGAAGUAUUAAGAUUACCACCUUACCAUUGCCAGUUUAAUGCAAUUGAAAUGAUAUGGGCAGAUUCAAAUAUUUUACAAUGCCCACAUUGGUGA